AUGGAGGAGGGUGUUAUCCACAAUAUAUCAAAAACCGCCUCGCCUCUCUCGUCCUCCCUCAAACUAGCUUCUUAUAAGAAUAAGAAGAGAGAGGAAGAGAGAAUAAAUACAACGCUUAUUUCAUCAAGGAAAGCACAAACCGCUUCCUCUCUCCCAAUUUUAAUUUCUUCCUGAAAAGUUUCCCCUUCGACAAACCUAGUACUACCUAUUUAGCCAAUUCCAGUGACGUUUGAGGCGUCAUCCGUCGCUCUGCAGCCCACAAGAAAGAAGAAUUCAUGGCGGAAAUCCCAAAGCCGGGUUUUGGAGAAGCGAAACCAAGUGCUUCUGCGAUGAGUUUAGACCAUGAGGAAGUCGAGCGAAGCAAGACGGAGGAGUCAGAUGGCUUCGUCGCCAUCGAUAUCGGAGCCCUCUCGAUUCUCUCCGUCAACAACGACAAGGACUCUACUUGCAGCCCUCGGGUCUCGAGGGUGAAAAACCUUUCCCGAAAAGGAUCGCAGCGAAGCGGCGGAGGCGAGGAGCGGACGGCGGCGGAAGGAGAGACCGCCGACUCCUCUACCGGUGGGCCCGACUCGGACGUGAAAUCGGCUCUUUUGGUGCACGUGGCGGGCGAGGGGGAGCCCUCGGGGUUGUCUCAUGCGACGACCCCAACAGCGGCUGGAGGGAGGUGCAGGAGGCUGGGGCGGCGGCAGACGCCGUGGCUGGACCCGAGGAGGGUUCUAUUCUUCUUCGCCACCUUGUCCAGCAUGGGAACAAUGAUACUGCUAUAUUUCACGCUCUCCAUGGGCAAGAUGGCCGGUAACGACUCCAACGCGCGGUGAUGCGACCCCCUGCUGCUGCCACACAGUGUUCCACCUGCUGCUCAGCAAAAAUAUUUUCUCCUCAGCAUGCUUGGAGUUCUGUCAUCGCACUCUAUGGAGUUUUCAGAGAAUUGGUACAUAAGAUGAACCCAAAAGGAGGGAAGACAAAAGCAGAAGAGGUGUUGCAGGACUGACAAGAAAAAAAGUAUACUUUGGUGAGAGUGUUACAAAGAGACACACCAUGAGAAAGAGAGAUGUAGGAGAUGUGUGUACGUAUGUUUGUUGAUAGCACAUUCCUUUUUUUUCACUCUGGCCCGAUCAAGGUGCAUGGAUCACCAGUUAAUUUCUUUA